CCUUUAACCCUCAGUCAUCUGACAAUUCGUCGCGGGUAAAAACCGUACGGACGGAUCUGGGCCCGAGCGUGCUGUUUUUCACUUUCCCUAUCUUUUGGGCAGAAAGGGGAGAAUAUAUUUUCUGCACUGCAACCGUAGUACAUAAGAUUUCAGAUGGUGGAGUGAAGAAGCUCAGGGUAGUUACCAGCCAUGAAUUACUUUGGACGCUUCCUGUCAAACUUCAAAGAGUUCUACAAUGAGAUCAACGCGGCGACACUGACAGGAGCCAUCGACAUCGUUGUGGUGCAGCAGGAGGAUGGGUCCUACAGCUGCUCACCCUUCCAUGUCCGCUUCGGCAAGAUGGGCGUCCUACACAGCAGGGAGAAGGUGGUUGACAUCACCAUAAAUGGACAGAAUGUAGGUUUACAGAUGAAGCUGGGAGAAGCAGGGGAAGCUUUCUUUGUGCAGGAGUCGUCUGAUGGCAGUGUGGUGCCAUUUUACCUGGCUACCUCACCAAUACCCUCAGGUGCAGAAGAGCUGAUGGAGGAAGGGGUCAGGAGAAUGAAGGAGGACCAGAGCUUUGUGGAGGAGAUAUUCAAGCACAUCGCAGUCCAGACAGAUAUAACAGCAUGUAACCUGAAACUGUCUACCUCUGGCAAGUCGGAGGGCGGUAGUAAGUCGGAGGGUAGCAGUCCUGCAGAGAAGGUGACAACCAUCCAGGUCCUCACACCAGAAGAGGACAAAAGGAAGAGUGGGAGCAGUAUGGAUGAGUUCACCACGCCAUCCGAUGAGAUCCGAUCCAUCGCUGACCAGCUCAAGGAGCCAGAGGGUGCUUCAGAUGAUUGCUCAAUGACGACCAAGGUCGUUCCGAGUCCAUCUGACACUGUAGACAAGAAGCAGCAUUCCGUUCUUGUGCAGACGGAUGCUGUAGACUUGAAUUUGAUGGAGAAAUUAGGGAAGGCUGGGGUGGAGGCGCAGUUUCAGCAGCUGCAAGUCUCGGAUGGAGAUGAGAGUGAUCUGGGUGACGAUGAGAGAAAAGGGAUGGCAGAUAACAGCUCCAGGAAAAGGAAGAUGAAGAGGAGGAGUAGGAAUGAACUGCGGAGGGAGUCCCCACGGUCAGAACAGAAGGAAGAAGGCAUUUUCACGAUAGACCUUGGUGAGGAAGAAGAAGAUGGCUUCGCCCAAAAUGGCCAUGUUCUGUCAGGACAGGCUCUAGUACAGGAGGAGCAGAGCCGGCCUGACAUCUACCCGUACUCUGAUGGAGACGUGACCCCUGCUGUGCAGCCAUCCAGUCCUGUCGGCAGCCGCCCGCCCACGCCGAAAAGCGACACUGAAGUGGAGCUGCAGAGAAGGGGAUCACAGACACAGGGAGAGAUGCUGACGUGGAACUGGGGGGAGCUACCACAAGGCCCACAUAACGUUGCUUCAACUGAUUUGCAUUUCAUGCCUAUACAAUCUGCCCAAGAACAGCAGUAUGACCAAAAGUCUUCUUUAACGGUUAAUGUUGAUGAUUCUGCACAACUUGAAUCCACUGCUCAGGCUUCCCCCAAACCAGGGGACGAGGGGAAGCCUUCCAUGUUGGGAGGGGUGUUCCAGUUCAUGCGGAGGCCCUCCUCCAGAAAGGAAGAUAUUGAGGGUGGACUGUACCUCGAUGACCUUGAAAGUGGGGAGAUAGAUCCUGAGGUGGCUGCACUGUACUUCCCCAAGACCACCUCCCACCAAGCUAUCAAAACAGCCAAAGACAGUUUGAAGGAGGAGGAUAAUUUUUCUGAACAAAGCUCGCUUCCGCAGAGCCCUCAUUUUGGGGGGGCCUCGGGUGGGUUUGACAGUGGUACAGAGACAAACCCAAUCUUCAUUGUAGACGAAGCCACAGAGCAGGUUGUAGACCCCGCCAUGUCCCUGUGUGGAGGCCUGACGGCCACAGAUAGAGACAUCCCAGAUGAGAAGUUCAUGUCAGCCAUUGUGACCUACAAAGACUUGUGUGAGAAUCCCAAUAUUCUAAACCACCCUGACCUCGUGCUGCGCAUCGAAGGGAAGGACAUCCAGGCCCUGUUCCCCCCGGCCUACAACCCCUUCUUCGCAGGGUUUGGGAACAAGGUGAACGAUGUGUGGGCGUACAGGGCGGUGGACGUCCCCAUCUCACGAAUCUUCACAGUCAACCACAAAGGCAUCGUCAAGCAAGAUGGACUGCCGGGGACAACUUUGCUUAACAAGGGGAAAUCAGGGACCACCUUUGCCCCUCCGGCAUUCCAGUCUUCAUAUAGCAGCUUGUCAGGCAUGGUGGAUCACUUCUUCCCGGCGCUGGACCGGGGUCGAACUGCGGAGUUCGAGAAACCGUCGGAGUACAGCCUCUUCACCUACUGGAGGGAACCUCUGCCUGACAUCAGCGUCGACAUUGACCUUGACACACCUUCUCAAGAUCCCCCAGCAGAAAAACAGAAAGUGAAAGCCACAGAGAAGAGCAAAUAGAUAUUUGAAGAAACACUUUUGUACAUUUGAUAAUGAUGCAGAAAGCUACCUGCCACUAGAUUUUUUUUUGCUAAGAGAGAAGUGUAACACUUCUCUGUUGAAGUCUAAGUGAAAUUUUUCAAGGAAGGUGCUGCUGUGAAUGAUUUACCAUUAUGCUGGCCAAAGGUGUUAUGAGUUCCAGCUUUGCCAUCCUUCAUAGCAUUGAAGGGAUCGUUUGAUUUGGGCUGGUUCACAGAAGUGGUAAAUUGCUAAUGUUGCUGCUGCAAGUACCAUGUGUAUGUUUCUGACUGGAAAAGAGAUGAACAGUGCUCUGAAAGAAAUAGUACACAUGAUGUGUUCAAAGUCCAGUUCAAUGAUAUUUCAGUUAGCUGCUAUUAACAUGUAGCCUAGGUAGCAUCUUUUCUAGCUAAAGUGGUCUACAUAACUGUUAGCAAGUGGUCUACAGUAACAUAACCAUUGGAAAAUUAGUCAGUGUGCUGAGGUAAUGACCAACAGACCAGGCUAAAGCUGGAAAAGAUGGUAUGUAGGCUGCACAUCCUUUGCAAUGUGGCCUGUGCAUUACUGCAGAAUUACUGCCAGCUGCUACUGCUUUGUGCAACAUUUGGAAAAGCUGCCAAGCUGUCAAGCAUUAAAUUGUUGUUAAGAGUGUGGCAAUCUUCUUUUCUUGCCUAAUAUGUUGUAUAUUCCAUAGCUACACAUGCCUACACAAUAGUAGUGCACAUACAUGACAUUGUACAAAAUGUGUGUAUCACAUGAUGUUGUGCAGUUCACCUAUUGCCAAACCCCAUCUGUAUAUCUAAAACCACUCCCCAAGACAAUACGAGUGGUUGCAAUUUAGAAUUGCUUUACACAUAAGUGUACAUAAGAUUAUAUACACUGUACAUGUAAAUUCAGACUGUAAGACUUAGUGUUCGAUACACUAUUUGACAGGAAUCAUAUCAGAUAUUGGCUGUACAGGUGACCUGAGGUUGGAUGACAUUGAAGUGUAUGUGAAAAAUUGAAAUCCCUCAGUACUGAUGGAUAGUUUACAUGAAUUUUUUGGUAAUGAUUGUUUCACAUAAUGUCGUCAAUGAGGGGUGAAGUCAAUGUGUCACAAUUAUGUCAUCAGUGUGAUCAUUACUUGGCUUCAUGUGAGCUGGAAAGCAUAGGGUAGGUAUGUGUAGGCAUGUUUCCAAUGCAUUUCCUACAUUUGUACUAUACAUUGAACACAUUUAUACAAGAUGAAUGGAAACUGUGCUUGGCAACAAUACAUGAUUUUGUCUGAGUGAUUUCGUGCUUUGUAUUGCUCAUAUUGUGACAAGUCAGAGGUAUUGUGUACAUAGAAAUAAGUGUCAGCUUGCACUGCAUCAGCUGUGAGAUGCAUGUUUAAAGUUUAUGAUUAUCCAUGCCAUACAUAGAUAUUGAAAAUGAGAUUUUUUGUUGCCUUAGUGUUAACGUUGUAAAUAGAUGACUACUAUGAUUACAUUACGGGUUAAGAGUGUAAUUAACCAGCUUAUUUCUUGCGGAUAAUUCAAGUUUCAGAACAUGGAGUACAGAACUGGUGUCUCAAAGUAUUCAGUGGAAGGACUUAAUGAACAGGGUUUCUCACUGGAUGUACAAAAAUGAUGGUCAAUGGAGAAAGUGUGGACAUUUUCUACCUGGUUUCCUACUUCUGUGUAAAAACAAAUUUUCUACAGAUCUGUUGAAGUGACACUUGAUGAAUGUUAACCUCCAAGAUCUGCAAGAUCUCGCUUCAUUUAAAGUGAUAUUCCAGCAUUUUGUACGUCUUUGUAGGGAUCUGUGUUUUUCUCUCCAUUGGGGAAAGAAGCAGGACCUCUAGAAAGACAUACGUAUGUCUGAAGAACGCAUGUAAGACAAGUCAGUAAAAUCUGCUUGGAGAAUGUGGAAAUGAGUCGUCAAUUAUCAGUGGAACAUUUGAAUUCCUGCAGGUUGUGUUAGGAAAUGUAGAUGUCCAAAAUCAUGACCAUUUGUACUGGCUUUGAUACUUGAUCUGGUAUUGAAGACAAGGUGUGAGCUACAGAACAUUUUGAGAAUUAUACACAGAUUUUUGAGAAGAGAUGUGUAAUGUCAAUAUUUUUCUGUCGAUAGUUGUAAUGUAGUUGUAAUGUGAUGAGAGGACAGGGGACAUGUUCAGAUCUGUACUACUUUAGUAUCCUUUUGUUGAUUCAUUAACACUGUCCUUGGUUAGACCCAGGAAAGCAUUACAUGCUACAUGUAUGUCCAGGUUUCUGGUUGCAAAUGUUUCUAUACCUACAUGUACGAAUGGCCUGGUUCCAAUUAUGUAGCACAAUCUUUGUUGGGUUAUUACUGGUAAGUUACAACA